AUGAGUGAAUCCGACAACAACAAAUUGACGCCGACUAUUAUUAACGAUAUGCGGGUGCCUACUCCUAGUACAGCUAGUAGAACAUACAAGGAUGCAAUUAAUGCAUUGAACACGUUACAAUCGAAUUUUGCGUCCAUAGAGGCCAUCAAAAAGUUGGGGCCAGAUGUGAAUAAGAAUGAGAUGUCUAUUAGAGAGGUUUACGAGUAUACCAGAAGGUUGGGGUAUCAGCCCAAAGACUUCAAUCGAAUGAAUCUCAUUCACGUCACUGGUACUAAGGGUAAAGGGUCUACAUGUGCAUUCGCCGAGUCUAUUUUGAGCCAAUAUAGAUCGACUAAUAGUGGACCAAUCAAUAAGAUUGGGCUAUUUACAUCACCCCACUUGAAGACGGUCAGAGAAAGAAUCAGAAUCGACGGUAGUCCGAUUAAUGAGUUGAAGUUUACAAAGUACUUUUUCGAAGUGUGGGAUAAAUUGUCUACCACGGAAUCUUCAGCGACAGAAUUUCCAACUUUGCAACCUAGUAACGUUGUCAAACCUAUGUAUUUCAAAUACUUGACCAUUUUGUCAUUCCAUGUAUUCAUGUCAGAAGGAGUGGAUACUGCUAUUUAUGAAGUUGGUGUGGGUGGUCAAUAUGACUCUACGAAUAUAAUUGACGCACCAACGGUAGUUGGUAUUUCGAGUUUGGGUAUCGACCAUACGUUUAUGUUGGGCAAUACAAUUGACUCGAUUACCUGGAACAAAACUGGUAUAUUCAAGAAAGGCUGUCCAGCUGUCGUAAGUGAUCAACUAGAGUACCCUGAGUCAUUAGAUGUCAUCAAAGAAAGAGCUACCGAACUAGGUGUGUCUAGAUUAGAAAUUGUAGACACAAAUUAUUUACCGCCCAACGUCAAGCUAGGUUUGGCUGGAGAUUUUCAAAGACUGAAUGCUGCGUUGGCCAUCAAAUUGGCAACAAUCCAUUUGCAGAAGUUAGGUGUACCAUCAAACGAGUUGCCUGACUUCGAUAACAGUAAUACCUUGCCCGAUAAGUUUUUAAAGGGGUUAUCUGACACACAAUGGAGUGGCCGGUGUCAAUUGAUUGAAAAAGAAGGUAUUAAUUGGUAUAUUGAUGGUGCCCAUACUCUUGAGUCCAUAAAUGUUGCAUCGUCUUGGUUCAAAUAUACUGUUAAUACAAAGCAUCAACCUAAUAAGGGGUUGAAGAUUCUCUUAUUUAAUCAGCAAAACAGAGAGAAUGCAAAUGAUUUGUUAAGAAAAUUAUACGGGAAUGUUAGUUCUAGCGAAUUUAAAUUUGAUCAUGUUAUUUUUACGACCAACAUUACGUGGUCUGAUGGCAAUUACAAUAGCGAUUUAGUUUCUUUAAAUAGCUCCAAGGAGCAAGUAGAUAAGUUGAUUAUUCAAAAAGAAUUAGCAGAAGUUUGGAGUAAGUUAGAUCAGAAGAAUGGUUAUAAUUCUCGAAAGCAUAUUUUUCACGACAUUGAAACAAGCGUUAACUUUAUCAAGAGUUUGACGCAUGAUUCACCUGUCAUUGAUGUGUUCGUAUGUGGCUCAUUACAUUUAGUGGGUGGAUUUUUAGUGGUGCUUGAUAAUGAAAGAGACUAA